GCCCCAACGCCAAGCUUCGCAAUGUAAAGUUUCUUUAAUGGGCCCUGUGAUUACAUUCUCUGUCAACUUUCAAACCUCCGUUCCCAACUGCAAGGCAUUGGCAUAUCUCAACCAUCGUCGUCAUCAUCUCUUCCAGGACCAGAUAAUCUGGAGUCCGGAAACUCACCAGAACAGUGAAACGAGACUCCCGACUUGACACCUUUUGAGAUCUUACAGCGCUAUAUGGAUCUCUGGAAUCAUCUGAUCCAUUACUGACAACAGCACAGCAACGCAUUUCUCCAGUUCCGGCUGAAUCCUUUGUCCGAAUCCCGAUGCCAAUCGAGCCGAAACAGGCAUACGACUCGGCCACUCUGGCCCCGCCCCCAUCCCCAAUCCCCACAGGCAAGGGAUCCCGAUCAGCUGCCGAUGAAACCUUCGUCCGGUACCUUAACAAGUCAUUUCACAUACCCGAUCUGACUCUACCAGAUCAACCUCGCUCCCACUCUGCAGUAAACAAUCCGGAUCAAUCACCUAGCACCGUCGAUUUCCAAUCGGUUACAUUAAGAGAUCGUGACUCGAUUGGGGGGCUCAUGAAAUCAGCAAGAAAUUUUGGUGCAUUCCUAAUGAGUGGCCAUGGGAUUCUACACAAGGAGCUGCAAUCAUCGCUACAAGAAGCUGAACACAUUCUUGGUAUCGGGGGCGGCGAUGUUGAGUUCGACAGGAAGAUUAUGGGAGAACAAAAGGGCGGCAGAGCAGUGAUCCUGAGAGGAAAUUUUAGAGAAAGAACGAUCAAAUGGACGAGAGAACUUGCAGAGACAACAGAGCGUAAAAGUCAGUACAUCGAGGAGGUUGGAUACAAACUCGAUCAAAUAGCGAAGGAAGUGAUUCAAGUUUUCUCACAAGGCCUGGCUGAUAAGAAGUUGCCUACUGAGGAGUGGGAAGCUACACUUAGCAUAUUCAGAUAUGUUCGAGGCGAUCGCUCUGAACCCGAUACGGAUUUGCAGAGAGAUCAGAGGAACCAUGGAACUGAUUCUGAUUACACCGUGACAGUCAUACUUCCCCUGGAGCAAUACACGGAAUUAACUCUCAGGUCUGAGACUGAGAGAGGUCCCAUGAGGUUCCAUUCAAAUGCAGAUACAGUCGUAGUCACUUGCGGGAAGGAGCUACAGGAAUGGAGCCAAGUAGGAGAACUCAAGUGUGCUUCUCCACUGGAACCUGAGUUUCACCGUGGAACUUCUCUUGCCAUUGAGUACAGGUGCUCGCUUCCGACACUGCACCAAACUUCAAGAAGAAACGAUUGCCAGAAAGUCUCUGUAUAUGAUCAGGUGCUGGUUGUUUUGGUCGUCACCCUUGUCCUCAAAUUUCUUGGACACUUAUGGUCAUGGCUGGUUUGAAGUUCUUGCGUCCUGUCGGCAUGGAUAUGCGAUUCACCUCGAGUGAUUCUGGAUGGAUAAAAAGGACGAAAACGUAUACAAUUUUCCGAUCAUCAUUGUACAGCAGUGGUUGUUUGUUUUGUUAACCGUGAGUGUUUAGAGAAUAAGCUCAUACAUCUUGGGCCCAUAUUUCUUGCUCCCAAGUUCGUCGAGUUUCCAAGCUAAGAUCUGAUUCAACAUAUUCUUCUUCUAUCAAA